UCAGUCUUCAGCAUAACUAGCUAGGUUAGCCAGGUUAAGCAUACCUAUGAGCUAUAGGGGGUUAGCUAGGUUAAGCAUACCUAUGAGCUAUCCAGCUAACCUGUGUUGGUGUCUAACGCCCUGUUUACUAGCAUCUCAGUAUUCGUGAUAGGCGGUUAAACUGAUGCGAGGCGUUGAAAAUAAUUAGCUAAUAUGAAAUACAUUGCGCUUUUAGGCUAGCUUGUUAGACGAUUAACUUUGCUAAUUAAUCUGGUGCUGUUACAGCCACAUAAUGGAUGAAGAAACUUUGCAUGAUAAAACUGAAGACUUUGAGGAAGAGAACUGCGAUUCUGGUGACCAAACAGAUGCAAAGCCUGAUCGUAAAGCAAGAUUUCUGCUCUUUGGGAGUAAGAAGAACAAGGAUGAUAAGUUGCAGGAAAAGUUGCAGGAACAGGAUCCUGAGCACCGCUACAGGAUCAUUUCUCCAACGUGCCAGUAUAAGAUGAACCACAAGCAAGUAGGAAAAUGUAUCAUCAUUAACAAUAAGAACUUUAAUCACGAGACAGGGAUGAGUGUACGCAAUGGCACAGAUCGAGAUGCAGGAGAACUGUUCAAAUGCUUUAAAAACCUGGGUUUUGAUGUUGUCAUCUACAAUGACCAGACCUGUGACAAAAUGAAAGGGAUACUAAAAAAGGUGUCGGAAGAGGAUCACACCGACAGCUCCUGCUUUGCCUGCAUCUUGCUAAGCCAUGGAGAGGAGGGCAUGAUAUAUGGAACGGACAGGGCCAUGCCCAUCAAGAACAUAACCUCCCUCUUCAGAGGAGACAUGUGCAAGAGCCUUGUGGGCAAACCCAAGCUUUUCUUCAUCCAGGCCUGUCGAGGUUCAGAGUUUGAUGAUGGUAUACAGACUGACUCAGGAACAGCUCAUGACAGUCUAGAAACAGAUGCGAACCCAAGACACAAAAUCCCUGUGGAGGCAGACUUCUUGUUUGCAUACUCCACUGUUCCAGGUUACUACUCAUGGAGGAAUCCAGGCCGGGGCUCUUGGUUCGUCCAAGCUCUUUGUAACGUCCUCAGUGAGUCUGGCAAGCAACUGGAAAUCUUGCAGAUUCUCACACGUGUCAACUACAUGGUGGCAACCAGCUUUGAAUCCUGGUCUGAAGACCCACGCUUCACUGAGAAGAAGCAGAUUCCCUGUGUUGUCUCUAUGCUGACCAAAGAGCUGUAUUUUAACUGAUACCUACAUGACCUCAGAGUUCCUUUAUGGUCUUUGAUUUCCUUUUUUUUACCCCCAAGUCUUUUUUAAUUUUUUUCUUUUCUUUUUUUUAUUUUAUAUGUUGCCAGCACACAUUUUCACAUCACAGUCAGUUAGAGUGUGACGACUGACGUACUGACUGACUGACCGACAGGAUGUGACCACAUGGUCUCAAUAUUCAGGGAUGAUCCAAACACAGCUAGAAUUAGUGUUAUUUGUGUGGGAAAGCAGUUUCUUUCUGACUUUAUUCUGGACACUUAAUAGAUUCUUCAGAAGAGUGGUUCUUUAGUGGUGCUACAUGUUAGUGCUGAUUAUUUAUCGCUUCUGUUUAUUCCAUGGAACAUUAAUUAUCACUGUUCUUUGUCCACUGGUAGUGUGAAUUAUUCAUGUUAGGUUUUAUGGCAUUUUAGGUAAGGACCUGUAGCCAACAGAAGCAUUUAAAUAUUCUUUAGUAAUAUGACUGUUUCCUAUUUCUUCUUUUAUCCUCUUUUAUAUAGAGCCAGAUACGUUCACACCCCAAAGGCACCUCUUGCAGUGAAGAACUUGCAGGAAUAACAAUUGAAUUUUAUCCAUCAUAGCUACCACUAUAAAAACACAUUAAAUAAUGUGUAACUGGCUACAAUGUCAUAUACUGCUAUUGUCUAUCCAGUGAAUGCGGUGGUCAGUGGUUGGAGCUGGAUCAGUAAAUUGUUAUGUUUUUAUUAUUAUUUAUAGUGUAUCAUUAUUGGCUUAUAUUACUAGCUUAUAAACAUUUUUGUCCUUACUGUUCUUGAACCACACCAUUGAAACAAAUAGUACUUCACUGGCAUCUGUGUUAUCUGUAUAUGGUUCACAUUGGGAAAUACCUUCUUCAUUAGUUGCCCUACCAGCAAGAGAAACAGGAAGUUCCUUAUUUAUGAAGAUGAUGAUGCUUGCAGUAAAAGCACCAGUAUUUUUUGUAUUGCUUGUCAUCCUAACUUUGAUCAGUGCAGUCCUUGAAGUAUUAUUUGUUUUAUUACAAAUGAUCAAAUGGUUAUGUGAAAAAUUUUAUUUGGAAUUUUGAGAAAGUGUGGUCUAUAAUUUGCACCAAAACUAUAAACCUAAAGCACAAGUGGCAAUAUAUUGAAUUUUAAUUUAUUUGAGGUGGGCUUCAACAUCAUCAGUGGGUUUGGAGUGAGUUAAAGCAUUUAAAUAGAAAAAAUACUCUUAUUUUUAAAUUACUUUUAAUUAAGAUUUAUUCUACAGUUCCUAUUUGUGAAUAAAAAUAAAUUUACAGGAAUCUGCACACACACAGACACAACCAACAACAAACUUUAAAAGCAGCACAUGUAUUGUAUGAAAGCUGUGAUUUUGAUUUUCAUAUUAUGUUCUGUCACUUAUCACUUAUCUACAGAGGCAGCUACUGUAUCAUUAGCUGGAGGUUUUAAUGAACUGUCCAUUGCAUAGAGAGAUUUCCUAUGAUAUACUAUACAAGUGGAGAAAGUGUAUUUUCUCCACCUGUGUUGAAAUAAAAGGAUUUCUGAAAGAAAA